CCCCCGGGCCUGGCGUCUCUUUCUUCCAAAGUUGGAGCUCUCCUUGGUGGGAGGGGGCCGGUGACGUCACUCGGGAGCAGGGAUAAAGCUCCCGGGCCCCAGUCCCAGCGAGGACGCUGCCCAGGGCGCACAGAGGGCUGUCCGGCUCGGGGACUCUCGCCGUGUGCAGGGCCACCCCCUCGCUGCGCCCUGACCCGAGGAAGGAGACACCAGAAGGCACCAUGCCCCAGAACGUGGUCCUCCCUGGGCCUGCGCCCUGGGGCUUCCGGCUCUCAGGGGGCAUCGACUUCAACCAGCCUCUGAUCAUCACCAGGAUCACUCCCGGGAGCAAGGCCGCAGCUGCCAACCUGUGCCCUGGGGAUGUCAUCCUGGCGAUUGACGGCUUCGGCACGGAGUCCAUGACUCACGCUGAUGCUCAGGACAGGAUUAAAGCGGCGGCACACCAGCUGUGUCUCAAGAUUGACAGGGCGGAAACUCGCUUAUGGUCUCCACAGGUAACUGAAGAUGGGAAGGCUCAUCCUUUCAAAAUCAACUUAGAAUCAGAACCACAGGAGUUCAAACCCAUUGGUACCUCGCACAACAGAAGGGCCCAGCCUUUUGUUGCAGCAGCAAACAUUGAUGACAAAAGACAGGUAGUGAGCGCAUCCUAUAACUCACCCAUUGGGCUCUAUUCAACUAGCAAUAUCCAAGAUGCGCUCCACGGACAGCUGCGGGGUCUCAUUCCUAGUUCACCUCAAAAUGGAUGCAGUACUCCGUCCGGUGUUGACGGUAGCAGUGGACGUAGCACCCCUUCUUCCAUCAGCACUGUUAGUACUAUUUGCCCAGGUGACUUGAAAGUUGCUGCUAAGAUGGCCCCUAACAUUCCUUUGGAAAUGGAACUUCCCGGUGUGAAGAUUGUACAUGCUCAGUUUAACACUCCCAUGCAGUUGUACUCAGAUGACAAUAUUAUGGAAACUCUGCAGGGUCAGGUUUCCACAGCGCUAGGGGAAGCACCCUCGAUGAGUGAACCCACAGCCUCGGUGCCCCCCCAGUCGGACGUGUACCGGAUGCUCCACGACAAUCGGGAGGAGCCCUCCCAGCCCCGCCAGUCGGGCUCCUUCAGGGUGCUCCAGGAGCUGGUGAACGAUGAUGACCGUCCCUCCGGCACGCGGAGCGUGAGAGCUCCGGUUACGAAAGCCCACGGCGGCGCGGGCGGCGCGCAGAGGAUGCCGCUCUGUGACAAGUGCGGGAGUGGCAUUGUCGGGGCCGUGGUGAAGGCGCGGGACAAGUACCGGCACCCCGAGUGCUUCGUGUGUGCCGACUGCAGCCUCAACCUCAAGCAGAAGGGCUACUUCUUCGUGGAGGGGGAGCUGUACUGCGAAACCCACGCCCGCGCCCGCACGAGGCCCCCCGAGGGCUACGACAUGGUCACGCUGUAUCCCAAGGCCUAAGCCCUCCGCAGGCCGAGCAGCACGCACACGCAGUUACACGGGACAACGGUCAUGACUUUGGGCAGAAGUCGAGCAAACUGUUGAGUCCAAAACUAACACCCCAAGCUUUCCAUGUUCAUGCUGCAGCGUGCCGAGGCGAGGGCCGGGCGGCCGGCCGGCUGCAGCGCAGACACGCCUUCCGCUGUGUUUGCAGCUCUUUCUCGCUUUGGGGUCAGCAAUAACUUCAGGAAAGGCACACUGAGCUUUUUCUUUUUUUUGUAUGUCAAACUCCACAAUUUACAUUUAUAUUGUGACCAUCGAACACGUAAACAUCAAGCUACUGGGGGGGAGGCUAAUUGUCUUUCCUUACCGAGCCGGCGUUGCGGUGCAGUAAGUACCGAACGAUAGCCUUGUAUUCUAACGCAGCCCGCCGCUGUCUGUUACCUGCUUCAGCCGUGAAAGUGCACGUCGGGGAAAGCCCUGGGUUUCUCUAGUGUCCUCUGCAGCCAUCACACCACUGGACGCGCGUACGUACGUAAGAACCACGUGCAACAUCGGGCGUGUGUCUAGUGAGGUGGCGCUCCACGGAUGCAGCGGACAUCAACAUUCCCGCGAGGGGGCCCGCUCCUAUGUGCCACUCGGCUACGUUAAGAAAACGUGGCUUCUUUGGAAUUUAUUACUCACUUGCUCUUCCUUAGGAGCCCCCGGUUUCCGCUGGCAGGAGAGGCUUUGAUGUUUGCUAGUUACAGGGGAUGCCGUCACUUUCAGAUUAAACCAGUUUCUUUGGCUUUGAAA